AUGGGCCCUUUGAUCUUCUCGCCCCUGAGCGAAAUCCCUGCCAUCGGUCGAAACUGGCCAUAUAUCGUGACCAUGAUAAUCUUUGCCAUUAUUUGUGUGCCCACCGCUCUCGUCGACAACAUUGGCGGCCUACUAGUCCUGCGGUUCUUCCAGGGCUUCUUCGCUCUUGCCACGGGCGCCGCCUCGCUGGCCGGCAUUCAUUGCCAUGUACUAUGUCUACCUCUACUUCGUCGUGGGCCCAGCCAUCAGGUCCUGUGCACCUGA